AUGUUGCAAGCUUUGCGUGCAGGAGCAUGUUCUGAUGCACAGUGCCUCAAUCUUGUGCCACUGGCAGGAGCUCAAGAACUCAUCGGAUCAGGAUCGAAGGAGGCACACCCGAUCUGGCUCGCACAGUCUCCGCAGUACUCCUUGUCGGUACAGGGGCAGCAGGUCGUUAUACUCGAGACCGGAGGCGUGCAUCAUGGUCAUGACUGGAUUGUGCGUCCUGACGGCUUGAUCCUUUUCGCUUCAUCACCUGAUAUGGCUUUAUCUGUCGACGGGCCGCUGCAGAAUGGCAGCCAAGUCGUCCUGAAAAGACAUAGUGGAAAGCCGGAGCCCUUCAACCAGUGGCGGUGGGACGGCAGCGGGAUGCUGACGCUCGCCGACAAUCCCAGCUUCGAUUUGAACGUCAGGGACGCGCGGAUUCACAACGGUGCCAGCGUCAUCGUGUGGCAGACGCAAAAGGCCGCCAAGCACAACACCUGGGCUUCCGAGGCAGAAGGGUCUCAAGGAUCCUCUGCAAGCUUAAGUGUGAAAGUCCCCUUCUGGCUCAGAGUGGUGGGCUCACGCGGUGACCCCAACACGCUUUGGUCCUCCUUGGCCGGUGGCAUCUCCGUGCAAACGGGAUACGUGUCCUGCUCCUCCGCAAUGAAUCGAGAUACAGAUUCUUCCUGGAUGCACCCUGGCCAUGACAGUGAUGUGGGAGAGCUGAAGAAAGCUAAGGCCGUCGAGAAGCCCUUGGCGAAAGAUUCCAAGAAGACGAAUUUGGGCUUCUUAGCAGCAUCGUUAAAGAUCUCCAUGCCCGAGGGUUACUUGGCCAGCACAGAGCGAAUAGAGUUGGACAGACGAGACGCUCACUCCACGUACGCAUAUGCCAUGCUCUCGGUCUGCAACUCCUGGCACAUUGCAGAUCCGCUCUACGCGCGAGUCCACAAGGACAAGAGCCACGGCACCCAAUUCGUGGAGGAAAUUUGCGCAGGCGGCUUCAUGCUAAGGGCGUUGGAUGGGCAUGGAGGCUACCUGAGCUGCGUUCAGCAGACAUCCGAAGAUCAGAAUGAUGCCCGGUCUACCUUGCUGUAUGUCCAGAAGCAGAACCCAAAUCUGGCAGCUGUUUUCGUGGCCCAUUCCACCGAGGACGGACAGACGUCAUUUCUGGCAAAAUACGGAAAAGCCAUUCUCUGCUGUGCGCUCAUACUGGUCCUCUUCGCCGGUAUCUGGCUCGCAGUUCUGCUGGCCGGAACUUCGGAAGUCUCCGCAGACUCUCUGGCAACACCGAGACCACUACAGAUCAAUGUUCCCUACGAUUGCAAUCACCAACAAGAGAAAUACUGGAGUCAUGCCAAGAAGGCCUGGUGCUGUGAACACUACGUGCUUGGAUGUCCAACAACGACUCCCAAGUCCACCGUGGUUCCACAGGCGUCGAAUUUUGCCGGGAUUUCGUCAAGACCCCAAUCAGACGAUCAAGACUGCUAUGCGGACGUAUUGUACUGGCACAGUGCCUGGACUCUGCGCAAGCAGAACUGGUGUUGCGAAAAUCACGGCAUUGGCUGCAGGGCGUCCUUGCACAGUGACGCCUAUGACUGUGAGAUCAGCCCGGGCAGAGGGACGUCUGCAUGGUCUUAUCGGAGGCAGCUGUGGUGUUGCAUGCACUACGCCCGCGGAUGCCCAUCGCAGUACGAGGUUGGCCAUUCCAGCAAGCCGCUUUACGACUGCACGACGGGCUAUUCGGAUAGCUGGCCAGCCGAACAGAAGGCGUGGUGCUGUUAUCAUGCUGCGGUGGCAUGCCCGGACAGACCGGGGGCACGCUACAAUUGUGAUGCAGGCUAUGAGAACUGGCUUCACGGCUGGUCUCAGGCAAAGAAGGUGUGGUGCUGCUUCCAUCACGAUCGUGGCUGCGACGAUUCGGACACUACCAAGUAUGACUGCAACAAUGGCUAUGAUAACUGGGAGGUCGGCUGGUCAGGCAGCAAAAAGGAUUGGUGCUGCCAGAAUGAGCAAAAAGCUUGCUCGAAGUCUGGAGAGGAAGCCAGCGAGCAGCUGGGAUGA